GGAAGGCAAGGCCCCAACCAUUGGAGCCAUCGUCUGCUGCUUCCCAGGGUGUGCAUAAGCUGGAAGCUGGAGUCAGGAGCAGAGGCAGGACGUGAACCCAGGGACUCCGACAUGCAGUGUAGGUGUCCCAGCUGGCCACUCAACGCUGGCCCAGCGCCUACCCAGAAGUCAGCACUUCUCGUCCGCACGUGGGAAGCUAUUAGGCCACCAGCUCCAGGCCUUCUUGGGCUUCCUGCGGCAGGCUGGAUGAUAUGUGGAGUUCCAGCUCACUCUGACAGUAAAAUUACCAUGAUGGACAGUGCAGACUUGGCGUUCUGGGAGGUUGAGUCAAUGGCAUCUGAACAUGUCUGCAAAACUCUCCACGUGGCAAGGGACGGCUUCUCUCCCUGGAAUUGAGGGAUGAAAGAAGGAGUCUGACAUGGGAGCAGCCAACCAGUCUAUGGUGACAGAGUUUGUCCUGCUGGGCCUCUCAGCCCACCCAACGCUGGAGAAGACGUUCUUCGUGCUCAUCCUGCUGAUGUACCUGGGGAUCCUGCUGGGCAACGGGGUCCUCCUCCUGGUGACCGCCCUGGACGCCCACCUGCACACGCCCAUGCACUUCUUCCUGGGCCACCUCUCCCUCCUGGACGGGUGCUACACCACCUCCUCGGUCCCCCUCAUUCUCGACAGCUUCCUGACCCCCAGGAAGACCAUCUCCUUCUCAGGCUGUGCCGUCCAGAUGUUCCUCUCCUUUGCCAUGGGAGCCACAGAGUGUGUGCUCCUGGGCAUGAUGGCAUUUGAUCGCUACGUGGCCAUCUGCCGCCCCCUUAGGUACCCCGUGGUCAUGAGCGAGGCUGCCUAUGUGCCUAUGGCUGCCGACUCCUGGGUGGCUGGUGGAGCCAACUCCUUGGUCCAGGUCUCUCUUGCAGUACAAUUACCCUUCUGUGGGGACAACAUCAUCAACCACGUCACCUGUGAGAUCCUGGCUGUGCUGAAGUUGGCCUGUGCUGACAUCUCCAUCAAUGUUAUCAGCAUGGUUGUAGCCAACGUGAUCUUUCUGGGGGUCCCUGUCCUGUUCAUCUUUGUCUCCUAUAUCUUCAUCCUCACCACCAUCCUGAGGAUCCCAUCAGCUAAGGGCAGGAAAAAGGCCUUUUCCACCUGCUCUGCCCACCUAACAGUCGUGGUGGUCUUCUACGGGGCCAUCCUCUUCAUGGAUGGGAAGCCCAAGUCCAAGGACCCCCUGGGGGCAGACAAGCAGGACCUUGCAGACAAACUCAUCUCGCUCUUCUACGGACUUUUGACCCCCAUGCUGAACCCCAUCAUCUACAGCCUCAGGAACAAGGACGUGAAGGCCGCAGCGAGGAGCCUGGUGGCUCAGAAAUGCUGCCCCUUUGAUGGUGGUUCUCACUUGAUAAUCACAAAGCUAAGUGAGGGCAAAUUGAGUUUAGAGCUAAGCUCUUCGCCGUGUGGUCUGGGGACCAAAAGUAUCGGCAUCACCUGGGAGCUCACUCAGCAUACAGAAUCUUGGGUUCCAUUGCAGAUCUACUGCACUGGAAUCUUCUUGUGA